AGGUUGGAGCUGCGCUUGGGGGAAUCGAGGCGUUUAAAACGCGCAGAGAGGCUCCGCUGCUGCUGAGGGUAGCCUUCACCUCCUCCUGCUGAGGGUAGCCUUCACCUCCUGCUGCUCGGCGCGCGGCUUUCCCGCAGAUCUGACCCUGACGGCCUCGGUUCAGUUUGAGGAGCCGCUGAGACACCGGACGCGCGCGCGUCUUUAGGCGGAAGUGGCCGCUGUGGGAUGCGACUUUGAUGUUUGUUGUUAUUUAGUCGCAGCGUGUUGCAGCGCGCGCUCUGUUGCUGAAAGAACAAUCAGCGCGCCGGUAAUGGAGCGGUAAUUAAACACCGCGCGCGCGCCAGCUCUGCUGUUUCCCCUCGCUCGGACCCUGAUCAGAGGCUCGGACCCGGACCCGCACCGCACCGCACCAUGGGCUUACCCGCUCUGGAGUUCAGCGACUGCUACCUGGACAGCCCUCACUUCCGGGACAGAUUAAAGUCCCACGAGCUGGAGCUGGACAACACCAACAAGUUCAUCAAAGAGCUCAUUAAGGACGGGAAGGCGCUGAUCCAGGCCCUGAAGAAUCUGUCUACAGCACAGAGAAAGUUUGCAGAGUCGCUGAAUGAGUUUAAGUUCCAGUGCAUCGGGGACGCUGAAACAGACGAUGAGAUCUGCAUUGCCAGAUCACUCCAGGAGUUUGCUGGCGUUCUUCAGAACCUGGAGGACGAGAGAACACGGAUGAUUGAUAAUGCAAAUGAUGUUCUCAUCACACCACUGGAACGGUUCCGGAAGGAACAGAUUGGAGCUGCCAAGGAGGCAAAGAAGAAGUAUGACAAGGAGACGGAGAAAUACUGCGCUGUCCUGGAGAAGCACCUCAGCUUAUCUGCCAAGAAAAAGGAGUCCCACCUUCAUGAAGCAGACAAUCAGGUGGAUCACGUAAGGCAGCAUUUCUACGAGGUGUCCCUGGAGUAUGUGUUUAAAGUCCAGGAAGUCCAGGAGAGGAAGAUGUUCGAGUUUGUUGAGCCGCUGUUGGCUUUUCUACAGGGGCUGUUCACGUAUUAUCACCACGGGUACGAACUGGCCAAAGACUUCAACCACUUCAAGACAGAUCUCACUAUCAGCAUCCAGAAUACUCGGAACCGUUUCGAGAGCACGCGGUCGGAGGUGGAGAGUCUGAUGAGGAAGAUGAAGGAGAACCCGCACGAGCACAAGAACAUCAGUCCUCACACUAUGGAGGGUUACCUGUUCAUCCUGGAGAAACGUUCCUUCGUGUCCACGUGGGUGAAGUACUACUGCAUUUACCAGCGCGAGUCCAAACGACUCACCACUGUGCUGUUCGACCAGAAAUCUGGAGGCAAAACUGGAGAGGAGGAGAGCUUCGUCCUGAAGUCCUGCAUCCGAAGGAAAACCGACUCCAUCGAGAAGAGAUUCUGCUUCGAUGUGGAGCCCAUGGAUCGGCCUGGAGUGAUGAUAACCAUGCAGGCUCUGUCAGAAGAGGACCGCAGGUUGUGGAUGGAGGCGAUGGACGGGAGAGAGCCGGUGUACAACUUGAAUCGAGACAGCCAGAACGAAGCCAUGGCGCAGCUCGACGUGAUCGGCUUCAACGUCAUCAAGAAGUUCAUCUACGCCGUAGAGACGAGAGGUAUCGAUGAGCAGGGAUUGUACAGAAUCGUCGGAGUCAACUCAAGAGUCCAGAAGCUGCUGAGUCUCGCCAUGGAUCCAAAAACCUGCGCUGAUGUGGAACUGGAAAGCUCCGAGUGGGAGAUCAAGACCAUCACCAGCGCCAUCAAACAUUAUCUCAGGAUGCUGCCAGCGCCACUGAUGACCUACCAGUACCAAAGAAGUUUCAUCAAAGCUGCCAAGCUGGAUAAUCCGGAGGCACGUGUUCAGGAGAUCCACAGCAUCGUGCACCGUCUUCCAGAGAAGAACCAUCAGAUGCUGGAGCUGCUCAUGAAGCACUUGGCGAAUGUGGCGAGUCACCACCAGCAGAACCUGAUGACGGUGGCCAAUCUGGGCGUCGUGUUCGGCCCCACCCUGCUCCGCCCACAGGAGGAGACCGUGGCUGCAAUCAUGGACAUCAAGUUCCAGAACAUUGUGGUGGAGAUCCUCAUUGAGAACCACGAACGGAUCUUUAAAGAGACGCCACUUCCUGGAGCAGGACAAAGCAGCUCUCAGACCAGCAUCUCCAGGAGGAGGAGCAUGGAGAGCAAAGCUCCAUCCUGCAGCGAGAGACCGCUCACACUCUUCCACACUCCUACACACUCCGAGAAAGACCGAGCAGCAGCAGUGGAGAAGAGGAACAGCGUGCAACUCAACUCUGAACCGCAGCCAGCGCUUUCGUCACUCAACUGCAACAGCACUCAGAACUGGAACAAGGUUAUUAACCUCAGCAGCGGAGACGGAGAACAAGAUGGUCUUCUACAGGCACGUCAGAGCCGCACCAAUUCACAACAAAUUCCAAGGACUCGAGGUAGCAGUGUAUCAACAAGCCCAGCGUCACCCAGCUCCACCUCACCUCGCUCUCCUUCCUGGCCGAUGUUCUCUGCUCCCUCCAGCCCUCAGUCGGCCUCCUGCACGUCCAGUGACUCGUCCCCACUCGGCCCUCCUGUACGAAAGGCUCGUGCGUUGUACGCCUGCAAAGCCGAGCAUGACUCUGAGCUGUCCUUCACCGCAGGGACAAUAUUCGAGAACGUUCAUCCAUCGAGGGAACCCGGCUGGUUAGAGGGCACGCUGGACGGGAGGACGGGUUUAAUUCCUGAGAACUAUGUGGAGUUUAUGUAGCUGUGGACCAGAACAGGAUGAAAAGUGCAGCUCUGAAGUGAGGAGUGGUGUGUGUGUGCGUGUGUGUGCGUGGGCUGAGAAUACUUGGCUAUCAAAAAGCACUGCCACUAUUAAGAAAAAGAGAGAAAAAAAAACCUGGGACCAUUUUCCUGUUCCUCCAGCAGCUCAGGAACUCGGAGCUGUUCCUACAUCACCCUAGUUUAUGGAGCAUUGGGAAUGUCCCGCCUCCAUCCCGUCUCCAUCCCAUCUUCCAUCUUCAGACGCUCCUGUGUAAUAUGUUUAGAACUACUAAGAGGAACUGGUUAAUUUUGGAAAGAAAAAAAGAUUGAGCAAUUCUGUCUCUACUUGCACUCUUUUGUAUUUAAGGAAAUGAUUUAUGAAACGCUCGAGCUGUCUUCCACUCUUCAUUUUUGUCCGCGAGUUUUUAAAGAAAUACAAAAAAAUAUAAUGUGAAUUCAGUGCUAAUCAGAGAUAAAACCACUCGUAUUUAUGUGAUCUCUCUGCUGAGAUGUGUGUCCCGUCUCCUGGAGCAUGUUCACAUUGUACUGUAAAUACCGAACAAUUCAUGAGGUUUGUUCAUAAUGUUGAUGUAAAUACAGUAAUUCUAUUUUGUACUCUAGCUUACUAACUUAAUUUUGGUACCAUGAUUGAUUCCUCUUUUUACAUUAAAAAAAUCUAAUUUAAUUUUGCCAGUUUUAAUAUUCUUAAAAUGUUAAAACGCACCAGGAAUUGAUGAGAUCAUGAUGUUCAGGUUUCCUUAUUAAAAAUCAGUACUGAGAAUCAA